AUGACCAAGAAGAAAGCCGCACCGAAAAGUGUCCUUCCCGAAGGAGUUUGCGAUGAUCUUAGCAUGGCGAGCCAAUCUGUCGACGGCAGUGAUUCAGAGUCAUCUAGAGCUGACUCUUCUGACGACCCAACCGUAUCGCUAUUGGAGAAGGUGGCGAUGGCUAUUGACUCACUCUCCGCGAAUCGUCCGGAUCAACGUGUUCUCACAAUGCGAUCUCUUCGAGAUGCUUUUCGUGUGAAUUACCUCGGGUUACCCACUUUACCCGAAAAAUGGAACUACCAUGAAACACUAAUUUCGAGUUUGGACACUGCCAUGAGGCGUGGUAAACCUGCAGAGGGGGUAGCAGCCGCCCAGUGCCUAAGCGUCUUCACUGUUCAGCUAACACCUUUUGAGAACCGCUGUCUGGCAGAGCAGCUCCAGAGCUUUAUGGAGGCGCGAAUAUGUGAUUCCACAGAAAAGAGUACAUUUAGAAGUGCCUGCUCUAUCGCCCUAGGGUGGCUGCACUUUCUAAGCGAUUCAAAGGACUUUCCUAGCAUCAGGCGGUUAAUGGGCCUUCUGGAGGAAAUCUUUAAGGCCUCCUGUCUCAAAGGCGAUGGGAAACCACCGAGUCUGGAGGCGACAACGGUGUCGCUGCACCGCGAUUGCCUCCAUGUCUGGUGCCUCCUCUACACCGUCUUGCCCAUCACAGAUGCGAAUACUCUAGGACAGGCCAUACUUAAGUCUCUUGUUAGUCUUCUCCAGUCUAGUUAUCUGGACAUUCGUCUUGCCGCCGGUGACGCAGUGGGUCUAAUCUACGAGCGCAUUCGGGACGAGACGAAGAAUGACUUUAAGGGUUCAUACUUCACUAUGCUGACUGAAGUUCUCGACCAACUCGCCAACAAUUCGGACAAGUCGACUUCAAAAGUCGACUCCAAGAAACAGCGCUCGAGCUUCCGUGACCUUCUCAACUUCUUGCGUUCGUACGAAUCGCCUCCCGAGCAGGUGGUGAAGUUGCAGUCUGAACGUCUGACCAUUAACACAUUCUGUUCAGCCUUCCUCUACGAGUCCUUCUGCCGCCUUAUAGCAGUUGGUAUGAGCACACACUUGCGCGAGAGUGAGCUGAUACGCACGAUCUUUGAUUUGGGCCCGCCGCUGCCGAGAAUACCUCCUAGUCAGGCGGCGCGAGGGCAGAACAAAAAGGCUCGUCAAUACGCUAAUCAGCGCGCUUCCAAAGUCCGCACUCGGCAUCGGCAGAAGUCACGCGAUAAGAGGGCUGUUUUGGACCAGGAGGAGUGCUGA